CAUCUCGCGACCGUCGAAACCACGAUCAUAAUGACAGUCCGCCCAACCUUUGACGAGCUCAAGAAGCGUGACGGCCCGUACCUCAACGCCUGGGGCAUCUGGGGAGAGGGCAACGAGUACGGCCAGACCAACCUCAUUACCCCCGAGUCCGUCAAGCGUGGUGUCGCGGCUGUCGAGUAUGGCAUUACCAUCAACUUGAACCUGCCCCUGCUUGACAAGGCCUUCGAGUCAGCCUUCCGCGGCCCUGUCGUCCAGGAGGUCAUCGACUAUGGGAGCUGGUACGACGACAAAGUCAGCUUCAACACCCAGGCCUCAACCCAGUGGGACGGCUUCCGCCACGCAGGGUACCACGACUGGCCUGAGAAGGGCCAGCAGACAUACUACGGUGGGCUGCCGUCUGCCGAGGUCAAGAACCCCGCCAACCCCAGCUUUGGUGUCCAGCUCUUUGCCAAGAAGCCCAUCACGACGCGCGCCCACCUCCUCGACAUCCCGCGCUACCUCAAGAAGAACAACCUGCCCCCGCUCGACCACCUGACCCCCAACACGCCCAUUACGCUCGCGCAGCUCCAGGGCGCGGCCAAGGACCAGGGCCUCGAGUUUGCCGAGGGCGACCUGCUCAUCGUCCGCACGGGCUUCACCGAGGCCCUCAAGGCGCUCACCCCCGAGCAGCAGAAGGAGCUCAACCUCAUGGGUGGUAUCAUCGGUAUCGAGAGCAAGGAGGAGGUCGCCAGGUGGCACUGGGAGAAUGGAUUCGCGGCGGUUGCAACGGAUGCGCUCGCGUACGAGGCCUUCCCCUUCGCCGAGGGCCGCCCACCCCUGCACGAGGUCUUCCUUGCCGGCUGGGGCCUGCCCAUCGGCGAGCUCUUUGACCUCCGCGAGCUCGUCCGCGUCGCCGAGGAGAAGCAGAAGUGGACCUUCCUGUUCACGUCGAUGACUCUCAACCUUGACGGCGGUGUUGCGUCGCCUGCCAACGCCCAGGUCAUCCUGUAG